AUGGAAAACUCUAGAAACAGGUUGAAUGAGAAUAUGGGUGUAAGCAAAAUGGGGAAGACAAUCAAAAAGAAUUCAGCCCCGCAAACAAUCGAAUUCGGCCACAACGGCAGACAUCCUUACCCUCCGUCGAAAAUUCAUCACAUUCACAGAGAUGAUUUCAAGAGAUUUGUUAUACACGCUACUGGAAGAGAAUAUAACCGGCCUACUAGAACUCAAUCUGAGAUUUCUAGGUUGCAGCGAAACAGGCCUCCUCCAUUGGCCAAUGUGAGGUCUUUUGCUCGGUUUCCAAUGCAACCCCCGCCUCCGCGGGCGCCUUACAUUAACGGACUGGCUGUCCCUCCUUUGCAGCCGAUUAGUGGUCCUCCGUUGUUCGAUAGUUCGUGGAACACUUUCGUCGAGUCUCCCAUCUCGGCUUUCAUGAGAAAGUUUCGAGACUCGGAGAACUACUACGGUGGUGGUGGCGGUGGCGGUGGUGGUGAUGCUUCGAGAGGUAAUCAAUUCCAACAAUUCCCUCCUCCUCAACCGAUGAUCAAUAAUGUUAAUGUUAAUGUUCAAAUUCAGCCGCAGUAUUUCCCGAUUCAAACUCAAAUGGUUAACAAUGUUGAGCAAUAUAAUAACCUAUCAUCUGCUGCUACCAACCAAACUUUUCCAAACUGUAACCCUUCCGUGUCUAUGAAUAUUGCUAGCAACCAAACUCUUCCUAUGAACCCUAACAAUCAAUUUCUGAAUGAUUUUCCUCAGUCACAAACAAAUUACUCUAUGCCACCAACUUCUGAAUACUUGUUGGCUUCGCCAACACAAAAAGUUAAUGUCCUAUCCCCUCAGUCACCUUAUAGGCCUCUUCUUUCACCAAGCAUUUUCUCUUCGCCUUCGUCGCCAGAUUACCCUUUCCAACCCUAUCUUCAUAACGAGAUUUUAAGUCCCGAACCUCCGUCUCCGCUUUCGGAAGGCGUAUUUCCUUUCACAAAUUCUCAGAGGCCAGAUGAUGAAUAGCUUUCCCAAACUUCAUUCAGAAUGCUGCUACUGUCAAAGAUCUUAGUUCAUGAUGUCAUUUUGUCUUUAUUUCAUUUACUUGUUUUUGUUAUUGUUAU